AUGGUCUAUACCUUCCACAAGUACGCCAGUCAAGAGGGUGAGAGGCUCAUACACAACAAAGGGGCGAUGAAGGAACUUUUGCGUAAGAAGCUGCCGAGCUAUGUGGGGGAUAAUGUAGAUGGUGAGAAGGUGAAGAAGGUGAUGGACGACCUCGAUAAGGACAGGGACCAGCAGGCAGACUUCCGGGAGUAUACUCUGGUUCUGGUGGUUUGUGCUAUCUUGUUUAAUAACUCCCUUGAGGGGUCCCCAGCGCUCCAGUCCCUGCCGCGGAUCUCUUGGUUGAAACAACUCUCUAUCUUUGUAAAGUUUGUACCUAAUAAACCUUUGUUAGUUUGCUUGUGCAGAAUAUUGGAACGGCUCAGUGAUGCCCUGUUCCUUGACUGGGUCAGUUAA